UUAAUUUAAUUUAAUGAUCAAUUUGGUAGCGUUUUUGUAGUUAAUUAAUUGUCUCUGAAAGGUUUAUUAUUUAAUUUGAUUGAUUGAAGAUGAUCUGCUUUAUUCACUAUGAUACUUCUUAAAUUGUUUGAUUGUGUAUCCAGUUUAUUGGACGCUAUCGAUUUACAUUUUUUACCUUUUCUUGUUAAAAUUUUUUUCCAAUCUUAAUUGUAUCAAUAGCCAAUUGUUUUUAUAAUAAUAUUUGCUUGAUUGCUUUUUUUUGCUGUUGUUUUAUUGCGUUAUUAGUGCUUUUUUGUUUCUCUUUACUUGUGUGGUUUGUUUUGUUUUUGUACCAUAAUCAUCAUGAUAAGGAUUAAAGCUUUAAAUGAAGAUGUUGAUACAAGUGAUUCGGAAACUGAGGAACCGGAAAAUGGUUUGUUAACCCGAGAAGCUCAAGAGGAAAAUCUUCAGCAACUUUAUUGUGAAGCUUUGAAAUUGGUUGAUUCGGAUAAAGAACAAGCUAAAUCCGAGUUGAUCUCUUUGUUGGAUACUCUUGAUGAAUUUGAUGAAUCUUCCGGCUUGACCAAUAUUGUCCACCUUAAGUAUCUUUCUCUCAAAAAUUUGGGUCUUCUCUUUCCCGAUAAUUUGAAUUAUUUCCUCGAUGCUUUGGCAAUCGAUGGCGGUGAUGUUACUUUAUGGAUCGAAACUGGCAGACGAGCUCUUAAUCAAUUUACUAAUCUUCCACUGGCUCGUACAUGUUUUGAAGAAGCUCAUAGAAUCAGUCCAACCAAUUGGGUUGUUCUAGAUAUUCUAAUGGGUCUUUAUUAUGUUCUAAAUGAUUACAGUAAUUGUCUUAAACUCGCAAUCAAAGGUUUAACAAAAGACUGUCAUUAUUUCAAAGCUUGUUUAUUAAUAUCGGAAAUGGUGAAACAUUUUCCAUCCAUAGGAUCAGAAUUACCUGUUAAUCUACAAUAUCUCCACAAUUGGAAUCCUUGUGAAAAAGAUUUAGAAAGAAAGGAGAAAAUUUUGGCCGAAUUUUCGAAUUUGAAAGAAAAAAGAAAACGAAAAUUCUUGGAAGAUGAAACAAACCAAAACGAUGGAAGGAAAGUUUUCACUUUAAAUCUUGAAUCUACUUCGCUCUCAUCUUUACAAUCUUUGACCUCAACUCUUAAAAAGAUUUACACUGAAAUGGAAAAGGCAAAUUGUCCUCGAAGCACUUUCAUCUCAAUCGAAAGUGGAACCUCUUCAGAUGAUGUUCAAAGUGCUGAUGAGAACAUGAGUGAUGAAUAUUCGGAUAAAGAAAAGCUUAACAAUAAGCCCGAAAAACGAGGAUCUUUUCCUUUCGAGUUUAUUGACAAACGACGAUCAAGUCGAGUUCAAAAGAUCCAAAAUAAAACAAGUGAUUCCUGUGAAUUCUCAAGUGAUAAUAUCUACGAGAAAGUGUUCUCAAUGAUUCCCCAAAGUAUUUUAUCUCGAGAAGUGGAAGUGAAACGAACCGAGAUCGAAAUACCAAAAUAUAAUGAAACUCAAGUGGAAAAUUUGAUUCUCUCUCGAUUCAUCUCGAAGCAAAAGUCAUUCAAAUCAAAGGGAAAACGUAUCGAUCAACUAAUUAAUGAUUUUUUAUUCGAAGUUGCCGAUCAAGCUAAUUUAAUCAAAUUACCUUCCAAUUUCAUUGACCUGUAUAAAAUUCAUCGGCAAAUGUACAGUUUACCAUCACCUUUAACUUGUUCUGUUGAGGAUGUUUCAUUGGAAGAGAUUAAAUUAAUUACCACUGCCAAUGAGAUUGAAUUUCAACAAUCAGAAGCCAUAUUUCUAACACAAAUGCUACCCCAUUUAAGAGCUAAAUUUGAUUCCGAUGAUUUUGAUGGAUUUUUCAUUCGUCUUUUGACUCUUCGAGGAAUCAAAGAAUCUAAAGUUGAUUAUCUUCUAAUGGCAAAUGAAGUUUUCAGCCAAUCUAACCUGAAAUUAGUUCAAGCCUCAAAUCAAACAGUCUACAGCUCAUCUAGUCUUAAAUCAAUAAUUAACACAUUGAAUGAAAAUAAUUUGGACAAAUUAUUGGAUCAACAUCGACACGAAGAACUUGUUGAACUUUUGGCUUCUAAAUCGGAGCUUUCUGAGCCGGAAGAAGAGUAUCUUUGUCAGGCGAUCCAAUCAUCACAAGAAUGGAAGCGAGGAGUCGAAAUAAUUUCUCGAAGUAAACAAUUAACUGAUCGAUUGUUAAAAUUACUACGAUCCUGUCUAAAGAAUGGCGAUAAACUAUCAAUUGAUCGCGAGUUGGCCAUCAAAUUGUUAAAAUUAGGAACCGAAAAGUAUAGUGCAAUGGCCUGGACUUGUCUCGUUCAAACAUUCAUAAAUGAAAUAUCAUCUGGUGAAAUUGACGAGAAGAAAAUAAUUAACUUAAUCAAUACUGUUCACGUUUACUUGAGUCGUCGAGGUUCCUGUUCUCAGGCUAAUGGCGAGUUUCUACUCCUUGCCUUGGAUUUUACAAUUAAUCAAUGUAGUAAAGCCAAAGAUGAUUUGAUUCUCCAAUGUUUUGCUUGUUUAUACAAUCAUCCACCGCCACGUCCUGGAUACAGUUAUCUCACUGCUCAUCCGGGAGCUGGAAUUGAUCUCCUUUGGGAUAAUGUCGAUACUAUUUACAGUUAUUUUAUCCCAGAGAAACUCCCAGAGUUUGAUAGUGUAAAACGUGAUACAAUUGAUUCAGAUACGGAGGAAUUACUUCGUCGUAUAUUACCUUUAAUUCCCGAUAAUUUAAAUCCAGAAACUGAUGCAAAAUUGAUCAACGAAUAUCUUGAUAAUGGUAAACCAAUUGAGGUUUCAUCAAAUAUUCCUAAACAUCAUGUAACUCAACAUCUUUACUAUUUUCUAGCUGAUUAUUAUUUCAAAAACAAAGAGUUUCAAAAAGCGAAAAAGUUUUACAUUUAUGAUUUAACUUUAAAUCGAGAUCGAUUCGAUUCAUGGGCUGCUUGUGCUCUCUCGAUAACUCAUCUAAUUGAACAAUAUUUUUCUAAUGGAAGUAAAGUUUUCUACUCAUUUUCUGAUGAAGUAUUUGAUUUGGCGGAAUCGGCAUUUAGAUGUUAUAUCGAAGCACUUCGGUUGGAACCAAACAAUACCAAGAUAUGGAUCGAAUAUGGAAACCUUGCUUAUAAUGUCGCGAGUUAUAUUUCUCGAGUUCGUAAAUCUGGUCCAACAACUGAGGGGGAACAAAAAGAGAAAAUGAUCAAGCAGCAGAAACGAAUGCUUUAUCGAGCUCGAGUUUGUUUCGAAUCAGCCAACAAUGUCGCCGACGCCGAUGAAAUUUGGUUACAUUAUUAUUUCUUGGGGAAAAUCGCUGAAAGGAGUAACAUUUUACAAGCACUUAAAUAUUAUGAACUAUCUGAUCUGCAUUUGGCUUUAAGUGGAGCGACUUAUCCUCGUAAAAUUGGUUAUCAUAAUCCGACCCGUUAUGCAAUCGAAGCUCUUGAAAUACAUUAUCGCAUGCACGCCUGUGUCCUCAAGUAUAUUCGUAGGCACAGUAAAACAUUAUCGUCGAAAAUAUUAUCACAAAUUAAGAUUCAUCUACUUCGUGCAUUGCGAAGUCCAUUUGUCAAGCAAAUUCAAAUACCAACUAUAAACUCAAUAUCUGAUCACGAUUAUAUCUCCAGUGAUCCAUCUCGACUUCAUCCAGCUCUUUCUGACGAAAAUCAAAUUAUGGAAGAUGUUAAAGAAGUGGUCACUGAUUUGGUCACUUUAGUCGAUGAUGGAAUUCUUGAAAGUGAUGAACGACAAUUACGUCCGAGUAUAAUGGAAAUGUGUUUAGAAGCAAUGAAUCGAUGCUUACAGCGUUUUCCAAACCAUUACAAGUCGCUCUAUCGAAUGGCUCAUCAUUUUUGCUCGUUGAAAGAUUUUCUCGCUGCUCGAGUGGUUCUUCUUGGUCGAUUCACUACAUCAUCGGGUUCACAAUCGCUUCUUAAAAAGCCUGAAUCUCCAGGAGACAUGAUCAAUGGAAAUGGUAAUGCCAGUACUAAUGGUUCUGCCGAUGCAUUAAAAUCCGAACCAAUUAUCGGUCUAUUUGGUGAUCACAAAAAUAACAAUCUAUUCAACGGAAUCUGGAGGAUCCCUGUUGAUGAUAUCGAUAGACCAGGAAGCUUCAUUACUCAUAUGUGCCGAUCGACUCACUUAUUGAUUAAAGUUUCUUGGGCUCUUUCUGAUCCUCAUCGAUUAUCAACAAUCGCAGUACAAUUAAGUAAAACACCAGAGGUCGGAAAAAAGUUUCUCCGUGACAUUGACCGAGAACAUCUUGCUAAGGAUGCACUUCGUCGGUGUUUCAGUAUUUUAAAGAAUCGAAUUGAAGAAGCUCGUCAAAAUCGUCCUCGUUUGGACCAGAUACGAAUCGAUUUGAGAAAAGUAGCAGAAAAGUUGAUGAAAUGUUCAGUUUAUCAACGAGAUACUCAACAUUUCAUUGGAGAAUGUGAACAAUCAAUUAGAUCUAUUGUAUCAUAGUCAUUUCUAUUUAUUUAUUUUCUACAUUUAAACACAACCGAAAACACUGUUCUAAGCAUCCAAAUCUUUAUUAAUAGAAUUGUAAAUGUAUUUUUUUGUACCAAAGUUUUGUUUUAAUCACAAAAUAAUCACUCGAAUUCGAUCAACAAUCGAAUUAAACU